AUGGCCACCAAGGCCGUGAUUCCCUUCCUCGUGGGGAUGAUGCUGCUCACUGGCGUGUGCAACACCCUCCUCACCAAGUAUCAGGACAACCAGUGCGUCCGCAAUUGCGAUGAUCCCGACCCCAAGAAGCGCGCACACUUCGAACAACCCGUCAUCCAGACCGCCCAGAUGUUCGUCGGCGAGAUGGGCUGCUGGCUUGUCGUCGGCCUCAUGGCGCUCUGGAGGCGCUACGUCACCAAGGAGUCGUCCGCCGCGGGCUACGAGGCCGUCAACACCUCCGAGGCGGAAGCCGACGCCGACGCCGACGCCGCCAGCAUCCGCUCCACCGAGCCCCUGAACCCCAACGGCGCCGACGCCAACACCAACGGAGGCUCCAGGAGGCCGCCCAAGCCCACCGCCAGCGACGCAACGCUCAGCGGCUUCCGGGUGCUGCUGCUCUCGCUGCCGGCCAUCUGCGACAUCCUGGGCACGACGCUCAUGAACGCGGGCCUGCUGCUGGUGGCCGCGUCCAUCUACCAGAUGACCCGUGGCGCGCUCGUGCUCUUUGUCGGGCUGUUCAGCGUGCUGUUCCUCAAGCGGCACCUGCAUCUCUUCCAGUGGCUCUCGCUUGUCGGGGUGGUGACGGGCGUGGCGGUCGUGGGGCUCGCGGGCGCCAUCUGGCCGGACCAGCAGAAGAAGAGCGGCGGGGACGGCGGCGCGCACGCGGACGAGGUCGGCGCCGACGCGCUCCUCGCCAUCGUCGGCGUGCUCAUGAUCGCCGGCGCGCAGAUCUUCACCGCCACGCAGUUCGUACUCGAGGAGUACCUGCUCGAGCGGUCCACCAUCGACCCCAUCCGCGUCGUCGGCUGGGAGGGCAUCUUCGGCUUCAGCGUCACACUGAUAGGCAUGAUCGUGCUGCACUUUGUCAUCGGUCGCACCGAGCAUGGCAAGUACGGGCCCUUCGACAUGGUAGAGGGCUGGAAGCAGUGGACGGGAAAUCCGCAGGUGCUGCUGUCGAGUUUCCUCAUCAUGAUCAGCAUCGGCGGCUUCAACUUCUUCGGCCUCUCCGUUACGCGGAGCGUCAGCGCCACCUCGCGCUCGACCAUCGACACCUGCAGGACGCUCUUUAUCUGGGUCGUCUCGCUCGGCCUUGGCUGGGAGUCAUUCAAGUGGCUGCAGGUUGUCGGUUUUGCCCUCCUCGUCUACUUCACCUUCCUAUUCAACGGCAUCGUCCAGCCACCCUUUGAGUUCCUCCGGCCCAAAGAAGAAGUGGAGGAGCUGCUCCCAGAGGAGCCCGUAGAGCACAUCUGA